UUAGAAGACUGGGAGGGAAUCGUUACCUCAUUGUGAUAUGAGUAGCGAUAAACCACAGACACCAGUCAACAUGGAUGUCAAUAUUAACCCGAAAGAUCAGCAAUAUAUCAAUGCAAAAUCAUAUCUUCUCACUUCCAGCACAGACACAGGACUUAAUUUAUUUGACCAUUUAAGUGGUGUCCUGACAAGGAUUUUAGAUGAACGGCCUGGCAAUGUAGCUGAUGUUUUUGAAGAUAUCAGCAAAGACACCAAGAAAGCCAAAUUCACCUCAAAGGUUGACACUGUUCAAGACAAGUUAGACAAGUCCACUGAAGUAGCUUUAGCACAUGUACAGAGGAAGUUGUUUGCUAAAGGAGAUGGAGAAGACCAGGAUCAAGAUGCAGAUGAUGAGGUGGAAACUCCACUGCCAAACCUUAUGGAACUGUGUUUUUUCUUUGAACAAGCAGGAAUUGGGUUGAAUCGUGAAGAAGUAAUCAGAAUAUGGCUUGCUCUUAAAAAUCUUGUAGACAGUCACACUUUAGCACAUGUAAGAUUCUGGGGCAAAAUCUUUGGUAGAGAACAGAACUAUUAUGUUGCUGAAGUGGAAUACAGAGAAGGAGAUGAAGAGGAGGAAGAAGAGGAAGAGCCUGAAGAACAAAAUGAAGAAGAGACAGCAGAGAAAGAUGAAGAAGAAGGAGAAGAAGAGGAACAAGAGGAGGACGACACACCAAAGUCAGACUUCAAACCCCCACCAGAAAUACCCAAAGAAGAGAACAGAACAGGCACUAACAAAAAGACCUACUUCGUGUGCAAUGAUCCUGGAAAACCAUGGGUCAAACUUCCUCCAGUAACUCCUGCCCAAAUCGCUCAAGGCAGGAAUAUCAAGAAAUUUUUCACUGGUCGUCUUGAUGCACCAGUUGUCAGUUAUCCUCCAUUUCCUGGUAAUGAGUGUAACUACCUUAGGGCUCAAAUUGCUCGAAUCAGCUCUGGAACCCAUGUUUCACCACUUGGAUUUUACCAGUUCGAUGAAGAGGAAGAGGAAGAAGAGGAGGGAGAAGCACGUGAUCACUUUGUGACCAACCUGGACUUUGAGGGUCUUCCCUUGCGUGACCUGACAGACUCUUCACUACAACACUGGGUACAUCAUGUACAAUACAUCCUGCCACAGGGUCGGUGUCAGUGGCACAACCCCAUCCAGAAAAAUGAGGAAGACUUUGAGGAUGAGGAAGAGGAAGAGGAAAGAGAGGAGCCCGAUGAGCUGACUCCAGAGCAAGGACAACCCUUAUUAACUCCUCUGUCUGAGGAUGCAGAGAUAGUGAACUUGCCCCCAUGGACUGCUAAACUGUCAUCAAACCUCAUCCCCCAGUAUGCCAUAGCAGUGCUUCACUCCAAUCUCUGGCCAGGAGCUCAUGCUUUCGCCACUGGAAAGAAGUUUGAGAAUGUUUACCUUGGAUUUGGCCACAAAUACAACCAGGACAACUACAGUCCACAGCCCACCCCUGGCAUUCAGGACGAGUUUCCAAGUGGUCCUGAGAUUACUGAAGUUGAGGAUCCAACAGUUGAGGAGGAGAAUGCACUCCGACAUGCACAACAGGAAGCUGCUGAGGCUGCUGAGGAGAUGGAGGAUGCAGAGGAGGAGGAAGAUGAGGAUGAUUAGAUUACAUCUCAGUGACCCGAAAUUCAUCAAAUUAUCAUUGGACUCAUCAGUCUAACAAGCCAGUUGUUUCAUUCUUUUGAUAAACUGUGAUAAUCAAUCUAUAUUUUGAACAUGAUUUUGUUCCCAACACAUCUGUGGAUAUUCAAAUUGACUAAAAAAGUGAGAAAAACUGCUGUUAAAAGAUUGAAGGCCUUACAAAGGAAGGAUAUACUUGUUUUAUACAGAAACAAUCCAGAGAAUGUCAUGUAUAGAUUGUGUAUAAUAUUUAUUAUCAAUUGCAAUUUGUUCACUCAAGGAUGUUUGGUGGAUGUAUACAUCUGCAGGCAAUACUUCCCCAGAGUGCAUGCUUACUUACAUAAUACAAUU